GGGAAGCCUGGAACCAGGAUUAUAAUGGGAAGCCUGGAACCGAGAGGAGGGGGAGCCUCAAGAGAAAACCCCUCGCCGACCUCACCAACGCCGCCCCUUCCCUCUCCUCCUCCAUCUCUAGUUCUCUCCUAAAACCCAUUCCCAAUCCCAAGCCAAAGCCCAAACCGCCCCAGUCCUCGAGCCCCGACGAGACCUCCGCCAGAUCCAACUCUGGCUUCAAUUCCACCAGCCACCGAGACCAUGGAGGUCAGAUUGUUUCCAUGCCCUCUCCGAAAUCUAGAGGGACAUUCCUGGAUUUUGUUGAUGAUGCUGCCCAACGUGACAAAUCAGACCAUUCUAUAGUUUACACGCGACAAACUGCAGAAGGCAGAAGGUGCAAGGAAAAAGAGGUAGGAAGAAGAAAGUGUAAAGAAAAAGCAGCAGGAAGGCGUAAGGAGAAAGCUACACCAUCCACAACAUUGAGUUGUCCACCAGAGGCAAGAACUAGAAGUAUGAAGGGAAAACUGGUGAUGGAGGAUGACAAAGACGAUCACCCAAAAGCAUUUUCAGUUCCAUAUCAAGAAGUCAAAAAGAAGCGGCGUUCUACAAUGCCUGAAGCCAUCAGCAUAUCAAUACCGCCAAAAGAUUUUAUUGAGAAACACGGAGCUUACUUUGCAGAGAUUGAUUCCUUCGAACUGCCUGACGAGGUCGUCUCAGAGAGUGAACUGGAAUAGAGCCUACUUCAGAGAUAUCAAUAUCUUCAAAGUGCCCCAGGAGACUCUCAAAGCGCAUACUGGAAUAGUAGGGGAACAGAUGCCUACAUAGGGAUUUACUUUGCAGUAAGAUACCAGCAGAGUGCUAACCCGGGGGGAGCUGGUACAGUGAUAUCACCAUAUGAGAGGUAACUGGGGAUUUUGGGAAGAAUUGGUUGCCUUCCCAAUGUAAAAUUGGCCAAUGUAGCACUUACCUAUUGAUUGUAGCUAUUGUGAAUGAGAAUCGAGCAGUUUACUGCCAUUAGGAUUGCUAACUUGUUCUGUAGCUGUAUAAAAACAACAGAUCAGCUUUAUUCCUUUCUAGGCUCAGUUCCAUUUGAUCGGGCAUUGUCCUAACUGAUCUACAAGAAUGUAAUAUAUGUUAUAAUUAUGGAACCAGAUUUCUGGACAAUAGCAGAAA